UAAAGUAAAAGUGGUUGGACGAGUCAUGAUUAAAUUCGUUUAAAAUAUUAAAAAAUAAGAAAGUUACGAUGAAAUUUAAAAUAAAGAGAACGUUGACACUGUUAAUUGCAAUAAUUUGCGUUGUUUUGUUCCUUUCAAUGUCGUUUAUGAUGAAUAAUAUUGACGAUGGAAAUAUCAGAGAUGAUAGACAGCCAGACGAUGACAAAUUAGUGUUACUUCACUUUAAAGACAACAUUCUAAAACUAAAAGAUCAACUUGAUGCUAAUGAAAAAAAAAUUGACCUCCUCAAGGAUAUGCUGGCUCAAGUUUCUAAUCAAAAAUUAUCUAAAGAUGAUAAACUUAUUCCUAAUCUUGUUGCUAAACGUGCCACCAAAAAUCCAAUAAAGUUUAUAAAAAAUAUUUCAUUGUCAUCUUCAUUAUCAGUUCUUACAUGUCCACAGAGCACCAGAUAUAUUGCAAACAGUAAUGCUGAUAUUCAAAUGUCAGCUGUGCUGGAUAGAGUAGCAUUUGACAAUCCAGAUGGUGGGGUAUGGAAGCAAGGGUAUCCCAUAACAUAUAAUGAGAAUCAAUGGAGUGAAGAUAAUAAAUUGUUGGUGUUUGUCGUUCCACAUUCGCAUACAGAUCCUGGGUGGAUUAAAACGUUUGACCAAUACUAUCAAGACCAAACAUCUCAUAUAUUGAAUCUCAUGGUGGAGAAGCUUGUAGAAUAUCCGAAAAUGAGGUUUGUAUAUGCUGAGAUGUCAUUCUUCACGACAUGGUGGCAAUAUGCAAGUCAAAAUAUGAGAGAUACUGUCAAAAAAUUAUUAGAUGAAAAAAGAUUAGAGAUAUUGACUGGUGGCUGGGUUAUGUCUGAUGAGGCCAACGCUCACUACUUUGCCAUGUUGGAUCAGCUGAUUGAAGGCAACCAAUGGCUGAGCAGUGAAUUAGAUUAUCAGCCAGUGACUGGUUGGGCAAUCGAUCCAUUUGGAUAUUCCCCGACGCUUGCUUACUUACUGAAAUCUAUGUCGUUUGAGAAUAUGCUGAUUCAGAGGACUCACUAUUCAAUAAAAAAAGAAUUCUCUAUUAAGAAGGAUCUAGAGUUUAUGUGGAGACAACAAUGGGACAGCAAAGGCAGCACUGACAUCCUCUGCCACAUGAUGCCCUUCUACAGUUACGACAUUCCACACACGUGCGGCCCAGAUCCUAAAAUUUGUUGCCAGUUUGACUUUCGUCGAAUGUCCGGCUCGAGGUACUCGUGUCCGUGGAGGAUUAAUCCUGCCCCAAUUGAUGACGUCAAUGUACAUGAAAGAGCCAGUACCUUACUAGAUCAAUAUAGAAAGAAAUCUCUUUUGUACAACUCAAAAGUGGACGGCCAGCACAACAACGUUGUCCUCAUUCCACUCGGUGACGACUUCAGAUACGAUACCGCUGAAGAGUGGGAUUUGCAAUAUAAAAACUAUGAGAAACUAUUUGAUUAUAUGAAUCAGAAAAAAGAUUGGAAUGUUAAGGCCCAAUUUGCUACCCUCACUGAUUAUUUCACUGCCCUGAGAACCCGGUCGGCAAUGAACGAUAGGAAUUUCAAUUCUCAGCCACAAAAUGUUCCAUUCCCGUCUCUCUCCGGCGAUUUUUUCGUCUACGCGGAUCGCGAUGAUCAUUAUUGGAGUGGUUAUUUCACGUCGAGACCCUUCUACAAGAUGCUGGAUAGGGAGGUAGAACAUCAUCAGAGGUUAGCUGAGAUCCUGUUCAGUUUAGCACUGUCGGAGGCCAAACACGUCGAUUCGUCGGUGUUGGAGAAGUCAGAUUUAUCCCAACUCCUGAUAAAAUCUCGAAGAAAUCUGGGAUUGUUUCAACAUCACGAUGGGAUCACGGGGACGGCUAAGGACCAUGUUGUCGUUGAUUACGGCCGGAGGUUGCUUGAUUCACUAAACUCCUUGAAGAAAGUAAUAAUUCGUUCAUCAGAGUUCUUACUCUCUUCUAUGAAAAGUGCUUUUAAAUUUCACGAUAGUCUCAUUUUUGAUUUGGACGAAACAAGACAGGAGCAUCAUGACAUACCAAGACCCAAUGUUAUCGAUCUUUCUAUGGGAAAAAGAACUGUUUACUUUUUCAACUCUCUCGGCCAAUCACGUAAGAGUAUCGUGACCUUGCACGUGACCACGGCUUACGUAGCCGUCUUCGAUCAGGCGGGUCGUCGGGUUAGAAGUCAAAUCAGUCCAAAGAUUCUAAAUACAGAUGGAGAGAACCUCAAAAUAUCCAAUCACGAAUUUUUGUUAAGCUUCAUGGUGGAGACUCUGGCUCUUGGAUUUUCCAGUUUCUAUUUAGAAGAGGAAACAGCUGAUAAAAAAAUGGUUGAGUUUGCUAGUGUACAUGUAUUCAAUAAUAAGAAGAUUAGUUACGAUGAUGACGCUAGCAGCCCAAACCCAUUUGAGAUAACACACAACGAUGCAGCUGGACCAUUCAUAAGCAAUGAACAGCUUCAACUCCGUAUAUCUGCCGAGUCUGGCCUUGCUAAGAGCAUAAAAUGGAUGGAUGGAUCGACGAACGAUGAAAGAAUGGAGCUAUCAUUCGUUAAGUAUGGGACGACCCAUGCAAAAGAGAAAAGUGGCCUAUAUUUAUUUAUACCUGGAACCGAAGCUGAAUAUUUGUACACAACAUAUCCUACACUGACAAUAACAAGAGGAUGGCUCUACUCAGAGGCAAUGUCUAUUUUUCCAUUGGUCACUCAUCAUAUUAGAUGCUCUUCAAUUCAAAGUGGUUUGCCUGGUGCAGGUUUUGACAUAAUGAACAUUGUAGAUGUUAGAGGUGAAGGCAAUACAGAGAUUGCCAUGAGGAUGCAAACUGAUGUAAAAAAUAAUGAUGGAACGUUCUAUACAGAUCUUAAUGGCUUUCAGGUGAUAAAACGCAAGUACCUCCCCAAACUGCCCAUACAGGCAAACUUCUACCCAAUGCCUUCAAUGGCCUACCUGCAAGAUGACUCCCAACGUUUCAGUUUACUGACUGCUCAAUCGCUUGGUGUCGCUAGUUUAAAAACUGGCAGGUUAGAAGUGAUGCUGGAUCGAAGGCUGGACCAGGAUGACAACCGAGGGGCCGAACAACCACUCCACGACAACAAAAAGACUCCAAAUAAAUUCAAGAUUGUUAUAGAAAAGCCUCAAAAUCCUCCACCAACGUUUAAUUCAGAUUCUCAAAUGGGAUUUUUCACUCCGAAAUCCCAUUUCGCAUCUCUGGAUUUGUU